UCUUUAUUUUUAUUACUCAUCAAACUUGAGACAUCUUUAGUUCUUUCCCAAAAAUUAAUUAAAAAAAGAACUCAAAUGUCUAAACAAUGGAUGAGCCUAGUUGGAGCAUUAUGGUUACAGUCUAUGGCUGGAACAAACACAAAUUUCCCAGCUUAUUCUUCUGAAAUAAAAAAACUCCUAUCAAUUUCCCAAAUUGAACUCAACAAUUUAGCAUUUGCUUCUGAUGCUGGAAAAUUACUUGGCUGGUUUGCUGGAAUUGCAGCUAUUUAUUUACCCCUUUGGUUAGUCCUUUUAAUUGGUUCAAUUCUUGGAUUAAUUGGGUAUGGGGUACAAUAUCUAUUUCUUACAAAUCAUAUACCUUACUUAUCCUAUUGGCAUGUUUUUUCACUCACUUUUUUAGCUGGCAAUAGUAUUUGUUGGAUCAAUACUGUUUCGUAUAUCGUAUCGAUUCAGAAUUUCCCGUUGGAUAGACAAGUUGCAGUUGGAAUAUCGACUAGUUACAUAAGUUUAAGUGCCAAGAUUGUAACGGAUAUAGUUGAUGUAGUAAAUGUUUCCAACUCGAGUAAAAGGGCUGAAACAUAUCUCCUAAUGAACUCUGUUUUACCCCUGUUUUUCGCCUUUGUUGUUGCUCCAGUAAUUCGUGAGACGAAGAUUGAGAAAUCAAGGAAAUUAUCACAUGGGUUCAAACUUAUGUUCGUUAUAACGCUAGCAACAGGGACUUAUUCUGUGAUCACCAGCAUAAAGCCUGCGAUUUCAAAGUUAUUGCCAAGAUUGUUGAGUUUAAUUGGAAUGGCUAUUUUCUUGUUGCUACCAAUUAUCGUCCCAUUGGUUGAAGGUACCAAAGAACAUUGGCAUGGGAAAUGUUGGAUAAGGAGAGAUCCAAGAAUUUGUGAUUUAAGUAAAUUGGAGGAAGAAAUCAAAACACCACAAGAGGUGAAUUGUGGGGUUAAAGAAGAAAAUGAAGUUGGAUUUGCUGUAAUGGAGGAAAUUGGAGCUAAGAAAAUGUUGAUGAAGUUGGAUUUUUGGUUGUAUUUCUUUGUAUACUUGUUUGGUGCAACAUUGGGUUUGGUUUAUUUGAAUAAUUUGGGACAAAUUGCUGAUUCUCGUGGAUUCACUGCGACAUCUUCAUUGGUUUCAUUAUCAUCUUCAUUUGGUUUCUUUGGUCGUCUUCUACCUUCACUCUUCGACUACCUCUUCUCCAGGAGUAAAUAUGCAAUAUCAAGACCAGCUACCAUAGCAGUGACACUAGCACCAAUGACAGGAGCUUUCUUUUUACUACUCAACAAUAGUCACAUAUCUCUAUACAUCAGCACAGCUAUAAUUGGAAUUUGCACUGGAGCAAUUACUUCAAUUUCUGUUUCACAAACAACUGAGCUAUUUGGGACCAAAAAUUUUGGUGUUAAUCACAAUAUUGUUGUGGCUAAUAUACCAAUUGGAUCAUUUUUAUUUGGGGAUUUGGCAGCUAUGCUUUAUAGAAGACAAGGAAAUUCAUCAACAAGUGAUCAUGGAAGUUGUUUGGGGAUACAUUGUUUUCAGACAACUUUUAUUUUAUGGGGUUGUCUUUGUUUCCUAGGAACUUGUCUUGCUUUUAUUCUUCAUAGAAGAACACAAAAAUUUUAUACACAUUUACGUGGAGGAAAUUAAUAGAUAGUAGUAUUAACUUAUAGAGUCAAUUAAUUACCUUAUAUUAGCUUAUUUGAACUACAAACUGAUACUUUAUGUGAUAUUUUUUAGUAUUAAUUUAUGUACGUUAUAUAUAGUAUAUAAAAUGUAAAUAAAUGAUUUUGUAAAUGAUAAUGUACUUGUAUACGUA